UUGGCAUUGGGAUGUCGGACAAACUGACCCGCAUCGCUAUCGUGAGCGCUGACAAGUGCAAGCCCAAGAAGUGCCGCCAGGAAUGCAAGAAGUCGUGUCCUGUUGUGCGCAUGGGCAAGGUGUGCAUUGAGGCCACGGGAAAGUCCAAGAUUGCGUACAUUUCGGAAGGGCUCUGCAUCGGGUGCGGCAUUUGCGUGAAGAAGUGCCCGUUUGAAGCCAUUAACAUCAUCAACUUGCCCAAGGACUUGGAAAACAACACGACCCAUCGCUACGGCGCCAACACGUUCAAGCUCCAUCGAUUGCCCAUGCCCCGUCCCGGCCAAGUGUUGGGUCUUGUCGGUACCAACGGUAUCGGCAAAUCGACCGCGCUUCGCAUUCUUGCGGGCAAGUUGAAGCCCAACUUGGGUCGCUACGAGUCACCUCCCGAGUGGCAAGAAAUCUUGACGCAUUUCCGCGGGUCGGAACUCCAAAACUACUUUACUAAGAUUUUGGAGGACAACUUGAAGGCCAUUAUCAAGCCUCAGUUUGUGGAUCGUAUCCCCAAGGCCGUCAAGGGCCAGGUCAUGAACAUUAUCCGCGAACGAUGCGAAAAAGAAGGAAAGCUCGAGUACUACAUGAACGAACUGGAUUUGCUCCACAUUCACGACCGUGAUUUGGAAGUGCUUUCGGGAGGGGAACUCCAGCGUUUUGCGAUCUGCUCCGUGGCCGUCCAGCAAGCCGACAUUUACAUGUUUGAUGAACCGUCGUCGUACUUGGACGUUCGCCAGCGACUGAAAGCAGCCCUUGUCAUCCGCUCCAUGGUCGAAGGCAACCACUCGUCGUACUGCAUUUGCGUCGAGCACGAUCUGUGCGUGCUGGACUACUUGUCCGACUUCAUCUGCGUUUUGUACGGGUCGCCCAGUGCCUACGGAGUCGUCACGAUGCCGUUCAGCGUCCGCGAAGGCAUCAACAUCUUCUUGGCAGGGUUUGUCCCGACGGAGAACCUUCGCUUUCGCCAAGAGGAACUCACGUUCAAACUAGCCCAAACUGCUGAUGAAAUGCAGCUCAAGGACGACACGAGCGCGAACACGUAUGUGUACCCGAGCAUGACCAAGACGAUGGUGUCGAUCAAGGACAAUGAAAAGACGCAAUUCAAGCUCAACGUCGAGGGCGGCGCGUUUGUCAAUUCGGAGAUCUUGUGUAUGUUGGGGGAAAACGGGACGGGGAAAACUACGUUUAUCCGCAUGUUGGCCAACCAGCUCAAAUCGGACGAACUCGAAGCCGCCGAGGCCGCGGACGACCACUACGAAAUCGCCAAGGCGUCGCUGCAAUACGACGCGAACGUGGUUAGUUACAAGCCGCAAAAGAUCGCUCCCAAGUUCCAAGGCAGCGUGCGUGCGCUCUUGCACAAGCGAAUCCGUGACUCGUAUCAACAUCCGCAAUUCAUGACGGACGUAACCAAGCCGUUGAACUUGGACGAUAUCAUCGACCAGGCUGUCCCCAACUUGUCGGGUGGGGAGCUCCAACGUGUCGCGAUCGUGCUGUGCUUGGGCAAGGCCGCCGACAUUUACCUGAUCGACGAACCGUCGGCGUAUUUGGAUUCGGAACAACGUAUCAUUGCGUCCAAGGUGAUCAAGCGCUUCAUUUUACACUCCAAGAAGACGGCGUUUGUUGUCGAACAUGACUUUAUCAUGGCCACGUACUUGGCCGACCGCGUCAUCGUGUACAAGGGUCGACCGGGUGUCGAAUGUACGGCGCAGUCGCCGCAAAGUCUCCUCUCGGGCAUGAACAUGUUUUUGAAGCAAUUGGAAAUCACGUUCCGACGCGACCCGACCAACUACCGCCCGCGUAUCAACAAGCUCAACUCGGUCAAGGACACGGAGCAGAAGAACACAGGCAACUACUUUUUCAUGGACGACUAAGUUGCGCCACAACACAUUGGCCGUGUCGCGGACCCCGUCUGAAUAGGACCUAAACGCCUUCAAUUGAUGUCAUUUUCCUACCUA